ACAAGAUCGAUUUUCGAUAAUUGAGAAAGAGAAUACAAACUAAAACGCAGAUUUAAUUCACAGAAUAUAUUUGUCUCAUUUAUCGAAGUGGCUAAUCUAAAUAUCAGUGUUACUUGAAGUGUUGAGCACAUAAGUUCUAUUAUAUCAAAUUUUGAGCGUAAAUACGACGCGGAAUUCCGAACCCUUCAAAAUGGCGCUAAGAGUUGGUGCACGAUAUUUCGGGCUUUUGACCAAACCCCGUGAAAAACCUGCAUUUGUUAAUGAGAUCCAAAAGAAAAUGGACAGUAUGGACCUUGAGGGCAAACCUGGUGGGUUGUUGGCACCAAUCAGGAUUGAUAACCCUAGAAAACUGGCUGUGAAAAUGGUCGCAUUUAUGUGUCUGAGUUUCUUCCAGCCAUUUGUGAUAACAUACUUGCACAUACGGGGUGGAUGAUUCACAAUAUUGAAUAUUUGUGAUCUGUAGAUUAUGAAGUUAGAAUUAAAAGAUGUUUGAUCUUUGUGUGUUAUUUAGUCCAAAAUCUUUGUCCUUUGUAAUAACCUUUUGGAUGACUACUUGUAGAAUACGUGUUGCAUAUUCACAACUUGUAUACCUGCAAAUGUUUAGAGUAAUGCUCUGUUAUUCAGUAAAGCGUUAUCCCAUGCAUUUGAUUUUUAUAGCGAGAUCUUAAGUUGAUGUGGUUGCUACCCGUUAUUCUUUGUACGCUUAAAACAUGAAUGCUGCCAAUAUUGUUAAAAGACCACCUCAAAAUGUAUCACCCGAGCCGCAUAUUAAAUCACGACCUCACGUUUUUCUGUGCAUAGUCCAGUUGGGAUUCAAAAGCAGGCUGAAA